AUGAGUGAGGCAGGUCCUCAUAUAAAUGGCUCAGCCAGCCCAACUGGCAAAUACAUAGAUCAUAUUGAUCCAGAUGACCCUGAGUACAUAAAAAACUUGCAGCGGCCAGCCGAAGUGAAGGAGGAUUUGCACCAGAUGGAAAACAGAUCACGAGUGAAAGUCAUUCUCAACAGUCAGGCUUUUAAAGAAGAACUGGAGCAAGUGGUUGAAGAACAGCUCCGCACUGGCCCCUUUCCUGCUAGUCUACUGGCUCUGCAACAGAUAACAGAUUUACUGUUGCCACAUGCGAAAGGUGGCUUGGGAAAUUUGGCUAGAGCUUCUGCUGUCAUUCCAAUCAAUGACCUGAGGGGGGUUGAGGCACUAGGCUUUGCCAAAGGUGAAAAGCUCUUGAGAUGUAAACUAGCUGCCUUGUAUCGCCUUGUGGAUCUAUGCGGGUGGUCACAUGGCAUCCACAACCACAUUACUGUUCGAGUCAGUUCUGAAAAUGAACAUUUUCUCUUGAACCCUUUUGGAUUGACUUAUUCUGAAAUAACAGCGUCUUCCCUUAUUAAAGUUGAUGUGAAGGGUGAUGUUCUAGACCCAGGAUCCACUUAUCUCGGCCCUUAUAGACCGGGUUUCUUGGUUCAUGCAGCCAUCCAUCAAGCUAGACCAGACAUAAAGUGUAUAGUUCAUUUACACACACCAGCUGCUGUUGCAAUAUCUGCAUUAAAAUGUGGACUUCUACCCAUGAGCCAAGAGGCUUUAAUAUGUGGCAACAUUAGUUAUCACGAUUUCCAGGGUGUCACAGUUACUGAGGAGGAACGAGAAAAGCUGGCUAGAAACUUAGGUGUUCGUAAUAAAGUAAGUAUACUGGCUUGUGGGGAGACUAUUGAAGAAGCCUUUCAUUAUACUUUUAAUGUGAUGUCAGCUUGUGAAACACAGGUUCGAGCCAUACCCUUAGGUCUAGACAACAUUGUGAUCCCUAGCGAGGAAACACGGCAGCAGUGUCACAGAGUGGCUGGCCAGGGAGGGGGAGGUGUGGAUUCCAAAGAGCGUAAAUGGAAAACAGGCGAACUGGAGUUUGAGGCUCUGAUGAGGACAUUAGAUAACUCCGGCUACAGAACGGGCUAUGCAUACAGAAUGCCAGUGGUGAAACAAGAAAAGCUAGACAAAUCAAACAGUGAAGUUGAAAUUCCACCUGCAUCCAGUUCUUUCACAUAUAUUUUUGACGGAGACUACCUGCACUCUAAAUACAUAAACAGACUUAAGCUAACCAUUCCGUCUACAUGUAAUAAGGUUUACUCACCACAUAUUGGAGGAUUGCACAGUAUACCAGGGCUAAUGAAAAAGCAUAUGAUCAGGG